AUUUAAAAAGACACAAGUGAAAGGUGUUCCAAUAUAUCUUGAUCUGCAGUGACUGUAGGUAUUCAGUAUAGGCUUCAAAACUUUCUGCUACGUUUUACGGCGUUAUUUAGAAUUUACGGUAAUAUACAUUGCAUUCUUUCGAUAAAUAACAUUUUUUCAUUGAUACGUAUUAAUUUAUCCACAUUUAAUUUUAGCAAUGAAACUGUAUUCUGUAUCUGAUGGUCCACCAUCUCUUGCAUGUCGUCAGGCGUUGAAGGUUUUAAAAAUUAAUUAUGAAUUGAUUGAUAUAGAUUUUGGUAAAGGAGAACAUAUGACUAAAGAAUAUGAGAAGCUUAAUCCUCAAAAAGAAAUACCUGUUUUAGUUGAUGAUGACUUUGUAAUGGGAGAAAGCAAUGCCAUUUUACAAUAUCUUGGUGAUAAGUACGAUGUAUCUGGAUCAUUAUAUCCAAAGGAUCCACGAGAACGUGCUAUUGUAAAUCAUCGUCUUUGUUUCAAUCUCGCUUAUUAUUAUCGUAAUAUUUCGGAAUAUGUGAUGGCACCUAUAUUUUUUGACUAUCAAAGAACUCCAUUGGGCUUGAAGAAAGUGAAAAUGGCUUUAGAUAUUUUCAAUACAUAUUUACAACGUGAAAAUACAAUAUAUGCUGCUGGUAAACACUUAACUAUCGCGGAUUUUCCAUUAAUCACGAGCACAAUGUGUCUGGAGGCAAUUUCUUUCAAAUUGGACCAAUGGUCUUAUGUGGAGAAAUGGUAUAGUCAUUUUAAACAAUCUUAUCCAGACUUGUGGAAAAUUGCAGAGGGUGGUAUGAAAGAAAUAAGUUAUUUCGAAAAAAAUCCACCUGAUUUAUCUAACAUGGAUCAUCCUAUUCAUCCAAUUCGAAAAAUUGUGAAGUAAGCGUACUAAAAUCUUCAAGGUAUGAUUAAAUAUUUCUCGUUUUUUGUUUAGCAUUUUAAGAAUUUUUUUUUAUAUACAUGCAAAAUGCACAAAUGAAUAAAUUGUUCUCUCAUUUCUUAUUAAUAAAUUAAAUUUAUUAUUUUGAAUUAUAUAAUUAAAUUUACUAUUAUUAUUGUUAUCUUUUUAAACUAAGUGAGAUAUAUAUAUAUAUAUAAUAUUGCAAAUAUUAAACUAUUAUAAAUAUUAUUACAGUUUCUUAAAUAUGCAGUACUUAUUACUAAUUAUUCUCUGUAAUUGACAUCUAACAUGAAAUAAAUUAAUCAGUCAAAAAACAUGCUCCAAAGAGCAGUAUUAGAUAUCUGCAUAUAUGUAAUGUGAUAAUGUGUGAAAGUAAUAUUUAAUCAGGUAACUGCGUAUUUGAUAUAAGUAAAUUCUUUAAUUAUUGCAAAGAUGUAAUAGUAGUGCUCAGAAUAAAACAUUUCUUAUAUAAUUUAUAGUAGCAUCUGAGAAGACAAAUUAUUUUUUAAUAAUAAAUAUAUUUGUUUAAUGAAGUGCCACGAUAUAUCUAAAUUUUUAUACACAUGUAAAAUGAGCUAUUGCUUUUCAUGACAUUUAAAAAUUCUCUAAGUGCACAAUGUUUCAAUUAUAAAUUUAAUAAUCAUAUUAACAGAUAUUAAAGAAUCUUAUAUUAUAUUUUUAUAUACAUUUCAUAAAAACUUUAAAUGAUCAACUUUGAUUUUCAUUCUUCAAGAUAGUAUAAAUUGAUAAUUUCAGAAAUGUUUUCUUUUUUUAAGUUUCAAAUUCAAUAUGUUAAAUACUAUAUAAAUUUCAUAUCUAUUGACUAAUCAUUUUUCAGUCAAUAAGCUUAUAUUUAAUCCAUUGCAAGAUGCAUAAUUAAUAGAACACUAGGAUUGAGAUCUAUAUUUUAAUUAAUAUAGAAUUGUCGACCCUGUAAUUGCUAUAUUUAUCCUCAUCAUAAUAUUUAAUUACAAUUUAUUACAACAGACUAAUUCGACUUAGCUAUAAAUAUGAUUAAUAGUAACAAUAAAUUUUAAGAAACUCCCUUUCAAUUCUUUUCCUAAUUAUGUAAUGAUUUUAAUGAAUUGUGUCUAAAAGUGAUCAUUUUAUAGUAAACAAUGGCACUUCCUACUAAUUUAUAAAGUGAUGUGAAAUAUAAAUAGUAUAUUUAAAAAAGAUACUUCACUUGUAAUUGAUUGUCCUUUUUUACUGCAGGUAUAUAGAAAGCACAGUUUUUGCCAAUAUUAAAAGAGGUGACCGAAUUAGAAUUUGUGAAUUACAUCAAUGCUACAACAACACUUCAUCUCAAAAGGAUAAAGUUAAUGUUUAUUAUCUAAUGAUAAAGUUUGGCCACCUCUGAUCUAUAAUGACGCAAUAAUACCAAUAAAAAUAUUAAAAUAAGAAGUGUAUUAUUACAAAAUUAUUUCAUUAUAUUUUUCAAAUUAUCUUAUAUUAGAUAUUAGAAAUCAUAAUUACAAAGGAAUAAAGAAUAUAGAGUAAAUAUCAUUGAAGUAUCUAUAUAGGAUAUAUACUGAAAUAAAAGAUAUGUUUUGCACUUGUCAUCCAAUUAAUCAACGGAUAUCACAGAUAUUUUUGAUCAAUGGAUAUCAAUUUAAUAUAUGAAUGUUUUUUAAAUAAUUUAAAUCAAACUAUCUUCAAUGUUAUUUUCAUAACAAACAAACCAAGUUUAUAUCGUUAUCUGAAAAAAAUAUUGAUGUUAUAUACUAUGUAUUAUACAAUUUUUUUUUCUUUUCAGAAAGAAGGCAUUUUAGGAGAUCAUAAGAUUCAUGUAAUCAUACAUGUUUCAAUACUAGUAGUUGAUUAGACGAUAAGCAAUUGUGUAAAGUGCAAGAGGAAAUUAAUUGAAAAAUUGUUGCAAUAAUGUAUGAGAAAAAUUGAACAAUUUCUUAUAGCUUCGCUUUUUUCCAUUAGAAGAAUUAAUAGAAUAAUAUCAAUGUACUUAAAUGAAAGAGUAGGAUAACAAAAGAGUGAACAGAUCACUCGAUAUUUAACAUUUGUGUAUAUGAAAGGAUAGUGCGUCUAAUAAAAGCCUUGUGCUUUUUCUUCCAGAAUGGAAAGAAAAACUUAGAAGGAUAAGUUAACUUUAAGUUAUUUGGAACUUUUUCACGAUUAUGUGUGUGUGUGUGUGUGUGUGUGUGUGUGUGUGUAUGUGUAAUAUAUAUAUAAUAUAAUAUAAUAUAUACAUAUAUGUAUAUAUAUAUAUAUACACACACACAAGAUGAUUUGUGUGUUAUUAAUCUUAUCGCUAAAUCAAAUUAUUCUUUCUUCCUUUUUUUUCUUUCUUUCUUUCUUUUUCCCUAAUCCUAACGUUAUUGCGUUCACAAUACCUUCAACAGGAUUUCGAUGAUCGAAACUUUGGGCUCGGUAAAAGCUUUUGUAAACCACAACGUGCUUACAAUUAGUCACCGAACCCUUCCCGAUGGCGAGCGUAGAUGAGACUUUAUAUAUCCCGUUCGAUAAUCUAUCACAUCACGGGCGGUUCCGCCUGGCAUACCGUGCCUAUGUCUCCUACUCCAUCUGUGAACAGGGUCAACCAUGAUUAGCUGUUAUCAAUGUAUUUAUAUUUACAGGUAACAAAUUGAACACAUGCAAUCCAUAUCACACCGCAAUCUUUUUUUUUACCGUUUCAAGAGCUUUGAUAUUGCACACAAUGGUAGACACUGCAAUGAAGAAACAUUCUGCGUGGAUAUUAUUGUCAGGAUUUUAAAAGAUCAUUUUAACGUCGACGAUAACUCAUAAACUACGAAUACUCAUAAGUGCUACGAAUGCAGAAAGUUUCUAUUUUUGUAGGUUCUACAACAAAGAAGAACGAUGAUACCGUUCCAUAAAUUUAAUUUUCAUUAGUGGCCCAUUGUUUUCUUUUUAGUUAUGUGAUUCUAUAAUAAAAGUAUGUAAAAAGAAAGUAUAUAAAAAGGAGAAAAAAAAAAGAAUUCGUUUAUUGGAUCCUACGUAUAUCAUCGUUCAUCGACACAUCCAGAUUAAAUCGAAUAUCAUCACACCCCACGAUGCUUCAUUCCAUAUCUAUAAAUAUGUAAGUAAAGUAUGCAUAUAACAUUCAAAAAAAAAAAGAAAAAAAAAGAUAGAAGAAGAAUACGAACAAAAGGGGUAAUAUUAAAAAACAUAUCGCACUCUAAUUACACUACAGGUAGGAUGCCGGAUGUGAAGAAAAAUCUAAUUCAUCAAAAAUACAUGAAUUUUACCAUGUACUCGAUCAUUGUGAUACAUACCCCAGAUUUUUUUUCACACUUUCGAUAUGAUAAAUGUUAAUUACAAUCAAUUCGCGAUAGGGGGUAACUAUAUCCUCUCUAUUCCCCACCUAAGCCUUUUUUCCCCGUUCGUAACUAAACAAAUACAAUAUCAGUUCCGACAGCAUUAUUGGGAUAAAAAGGAGCUAAAGCGUUUUCUAGCUGCUUAAUAUAUUAAUAUAUUUUUAUUGAAGAUAUCCGAGCAAUACUUACUAAUGUUGAAAGUUUCUUAACAUUCGUCGAGAAAAUUAAUAAGAGACAUGUAUGCACAUAUCGCGUCUUUGAAUUGCAAUUCAAAUAUAAGAAAAAUGUGGAGGUAUGUAAAAAAAAAGAAAAAGAAAGGAAAAAAAAAGACAACUUGACAUUUUUUUUAUCUUUCCUUACAAGGUUUAUACAUGAAACAUUGGUAAUGCUUCAAAUGGCUUGUUGCACAAGGAUUACAUACGUAUUACCUUGAAGAGAAACACUGAAAGUUUUUCUCGUAUUUAUCACCACCCGCCACCCCUCUCCUCAUAUUUCCGUAAUGACGUUCGCGUAAUCAUGAACAUCACAUAGAUACGUUUUAAUAUUGGAUCAGAUGAACCAAAGAAAGGGGAUAGAUGUUUGAUGACAUGACCACCAAAGUCAUCAAAUCAUUUGAUUGUGUGUGACUUUUUCCUACUAUAAAGAACCUUACGAUGCGGAGUAAUUCGAGCAAAUAAUUCAACGAGUGAUAUAUCAUUGAAUCAUAGUGGAUAUGUUUGGAAGAGUAUUGCAAGAUAAAUUUAUCGAGUGAAUAUCAUGUAAUACGUGAUUAACAUCAUUUAAUCUCUAUAAUGUAAUAUAACGUGUAACAAACUUUGAGAGUUUCUACCCUAAAAAGUGAUAUCGUAUGUAAUCAAGUGCAAAUUAAGAAUCAUUUAAAUCAUGUUAAUGGAUUUUAUGUAAAUAUUCUAUAUAUAUAUAUAUAUAUAUAUAUAUAUAUAUAUAUAUAUAUAUAUAUAUAUAUAUAUACACACACGGUCAUUCUGUAUCAUUAAUUAAUAAAAAUUCUUCUCGUAGGUGUUACUGGAGAUUAAUUAAAUAAAAAAUUACAGUCAGUCCCGGGUAAAGAAAUGUCGACUUGUAUUUCGUACGAACAAAUAUCAUGGACUCGCAUAGGAUUCAAAUUCGUAGAUCAUAUUAUUACGAAAGAUGUAAGAUUGAAAGAGGAAACAAGAAAAGAGAAGUAUGUAUAUUUCCUAAAAAAACGUGUAAUUAGAUAUAGAUUAUUUGGAAAUUUACUGUGUAUAUUAUUUGUCGAAAUUAAACGAUGACAAAUAACGUCUCGUCGUUGGAUCACAGAUUCUCAAGUAUCAAGAGUCUUUCAAGGAAUUUCGAAUGAACGGAAUUUCGUUCAUAGAUGAACACGAGCAAAUGAUUGAACGAGUGAGAGAAAGAGAGAGAAAGAGAGAGAGAGAGCGAGUGAGCGAGCGUGCGUCGCUUCUAUCCGAGUCUAAACUGUUUUUUUUUGUUCUCAUACCUUUCUGCGUCCGAGCAGACGCCGACGUGCGAUCAACGAUGGUUGUUGGUGACGAUGGCGGUCGAGGUCGAGGUCGAGGUUGAGAUCGUGGUUGGGAUAGGGAAACAACGGCGCGAUUGGGAUUCGGAAGAUGGGGUCGAGCUGUUCUGUUGAGACGAUGUGUUAACGUGUCGAUUGCUAAAGUUCGAGCUGGUGGCAGUGUUGUUUUGGUUGUUGUUAUUGUUGUUGUUAUUGUUGUUAUUAUUGUUAUUGUUAUUGUUGUUGUUGUUAUUAGUGGUCAUUGGGAGGAGGGUUUGUCCAUCGCCAUGCAAGCUCGAGACCCCAUAGCUCCUCAACCUGUACUGCCGUUGUUGGCUCGUUCUGCUCCUAACUGUUGUUCUUCUUUGCUGAUGGUACUGCGUCGUACUGCGUAUCAAGGGCCCCACCACCAUUCAUCAGUGAUCAAUGAUAUCUCAUUUCUCCUUUUAGUUCAUAUUUCCGUUUUUGGGAGGACUCUGAACUCUUUUUUUUCUCUCCUUUUCACGAAGAAUGUCUCUUCCAUGAUGUUAUUGCUCUUUCUUUCUUUUGUUAGUUAGUUAGUUCGUUCGUUCGUUAGUUAGUUAGUUAGUUAGUUAGUUAGUUAGUUAGUUCGUUCGUUCGUUCGUUCGUUCAUUCGUUCGUUCGUUCGUUCGUUCGUUCGUUCGUUCGGUUGUUCGUUCGUUCGUACAUGUUAUUUGUGAUUAUAUAGAAAAGAAAAAGAAAAAGGAAAAGAAAAGAAAAAAAGAGACGAUAGCAGAAGAUUCGCAAACAUUCUCAAUGUCGAGUUACGGAAAUAAUCUCAUUGAGAUUCAAUAAAAAUUGCUUAGUUAACAAUGCAAAGGAAAGGAAAACGAAUCCCCUGUCAAUUGAUGAUUCGUUGUAUAAAAGGAAAGAAAAAAAAAAGACAAUAAGAAAUGUAAUAUUGGAUUGGAACAAGUGCUUCAAGCUUUCCAUUUUAAGAUUAUUAUUAUUAUCAUUAUCGAAUAUUGAAAUGAGUAUAAAGGAUGAGAAAAAGAAAAAAAAUCACAACGCGAAAAAGAAAAAGAAGAAUGCAAAUUUUGUUACAAAUUUUUAAACAACGUUUAAAAAAAUAAAAAUUAUAUUUCAUUAAUGAAUAAGCAUUGUUAUAAUAUAAUUCAGUAUUAAAAUGAUAUAUGUAUGUAUGUAUGUAUGUAUUUAUUGAUUAAUUAUAAGCGUGUGGUGGAGCUAUCCGUUAAAGCUAUAGAAUUCUGUGAUUGCUCGAUUGAUUUGUGUUAAAAGAAUAGUAGUGAAUAGAGAAAAGUGUAAAUGAGAGAGAGAGAGAGAGAGAGAGAGAGAGAGAGAGAGAGAGAGAGAGAGAGAGAGAGAGAGAGAGAGAGAGAGGAGAGAAAGAUUAUGCUAAUUAAUUUUCUUUUGGAGGAAGCUCAUGCAUUGAUACACACACGCCAAGCAGCACGUCUCACGUGUACGGAGAGAUUUUUACAAAAUUUGAAAAUCAAAAGGAUAAAUCAUGCCGCCAUUUAUAUUGUCCUUGCUUGUGUACUAUACAGAAAAUUCAUUCAUUGCUUUGGUAAGAAAAUCUUUGAUAAUGAAAAUAUAAAAAAUAAAAAGGAGGAAUUGAUUUUUAUGAUUAAAAAAAAAAAAAAAAAGAGAAA